AUGUUUCGAUCUGUGCUUUCUCGAAGGUUAGCGCCUGGUUUUGGAUCUGGCGGCUAUGGGGCCCGGCUAUUUUCCGACGGAAUGGAUGCCUAUGAGACGAUGGUUUACAACAAGCUGAAAGAGGCCCUGGACCCGUCCAGUUUGUCAGUGAGAGACAUCUCUGACGGAUGCGGGUCGAUGUUUGCCAUCAACGUCGAGAGUGCAAAAUUCAAAGGUCUGUCCAUGAUCAAACAGCAUCGGCUGGUCAACGAGCUGCUCAAGGACGAGAUCGCAAACUGGCAUGGUCUUCAGCUGAAAACUAAGGCCCAAAAGUAA